CCAAAGAAUCGACCAGACCUCUACGUUAUUCAUAGAUUCUUUCUUUUCUUUACACACCCUAGUGGCUCGAUGUUAAGUCUGAUGGCAUAUAUCGAUGAAAACCGGAUUUCGAUAUUCGUGGAGGGCACAACACAGGCUUAUCCAAAACGUCCUUCCUCUGCCCCGAAGAUCGUCAGUAUUAUAUCUCUGACUCUUGUUAUGAUGACGAUUCUGAUUGGCGUGUUUGUCUUACUGGGUUUUUAUGUACAACUUCGCCAAGCUGAAUGUGAUUGUGGACUUGAAAAGGUUCCACAGCCAUUUUCUCUAGAGAGCAUUGAGCGUCAAUCAAAAGCAAGCCGUUACGACCCGGAUCCUCUUCUGGCUGUUCCCAGUCAAUCAUCCAAAAAGAUGACCGCCAUUCCUCUUCGUCUUCAUCUCGAUGGCGACACAGGACGGAUGAUAAAGAAGAAGAAUAAAGCUCGAGUCAGUUGUGAUGUUGAAAAGAAGAAAACUAUGGCACUAACUGCACAGAAGCCUAAGACGUUGAUAACACCCUUUGGAAAUAUAACGACAGAUCCACGUUUGAUCCAUGUAAUGGGUGAGAGGAUGGUGUUCUCGUGCCACAGUGACAUGCGUAACACACAUAAACCAGUGAAUGAUUAUAAAGAAAUUCCUUCAAGAUCACGCAGGGACACCAGUAACAUGUAUGAUUGUGACUGCACUUGUUAAAAGAAACUGGUUCUCAAAAAUGGCCAUUUCUCAUUCAAAUAAAUUU